GUCAUAGAGAGGACAUUUGGUCUAAGUCCAGGUUUUUACUGGCAGACAUUGGAAACUCUGGAUCGUGCUUUUAAGGGGAAAGAGACCACACAGGAGCUGCACACAGAGGUGUCAGUUGUCCUGGGGUGCAGUGGCUUCUUUCAACAUCCUCUUCUAACACACUACGCCCUCCAGCUGGUCCUAGACUCAGGACUCGAUGUGUGUGGUCUCCGGCUGCUUUAUCCACCACAGGACCUUCUGAGUGAGCGCUUUGGUAGAACAGUGGGUAGUCUGAGAGACCAUGAGCCCUAUCAUCCCGUUGUUACUCUAGCAGUCCGAGGUCCUUAUGCCCACUCCUUGUUGAAGGACAUAACUAGUUCCUUAGAUUCUCUGCGGCCCAAAAAGGCAGAAACCACUUCCAGCAAUGGUCUACACUGCAGAGAUCAAGAACCACCAUUCAUCUAUUCACCCCAAAUGGCCAGUCAGGUCCACAGCGAGCUGUGCCUGUGGUUUUCAGGAAGACUGCAGGGAGGAAGUGCACAGGAUCACAAAAGAAGUGUGCCUUCAGAUGAUAGAGCUGGAGCCAUCCUGUCUAAUCCAAGCAGAUCAUCUUCUUUCCUGUGUGCCACGACUAAAGCUGAUUUCCUCCUCUUGGUGUCACCUGUUGUUCCUCCAUGCUGCUAUGGCCAAGUGCUGGCUGUAUGUGAACGCAGAGGCUUCAGUCUUAGAGGGCUGCAGAGACUGCAGGUUCAUAGCCAUGGGGCCUCCCUCCUGGGCCUCAGCAGCUUCCAGCGCUAAUGAAAGAAUUCAAAGCUCAAAAGCUUCUGGGUUACAUUCACUCAGGAAAGGAUGGUGUUCACACAUCAGAGCCAAGCUUGUGUUUCCACACUGUACCGAUCAACAAGAACUUAUUCCAAAACUUUGUUAGUUGCAUGUGGGCAGUGCCAAAUCCCUCCAGUGUGAUCCUGUCCCAUCACAGGUGUUCAUUCAGACCUGAUAUGGAGCAGGUAGUAGUUUUGACUCUGUGUGGGAACGACUUGACCCAAGGCCUCAGCCUCCUAAACAGAGUGCAGAUAGAAGAAGGUGAUGAACAACAUGCUAGAUUUAGGCUCCUCAGCCUGAAGUGGCUUCCUGUGCUGACUCGACUUCAAGCCCAGGAGCUGAGCCCGUAUGAGGUGGGAGAUCCGCUCUGCUACACCAGCAUGGAAACGCUGAUGUCUUCUUCAGCUCUAGUGUGUGCUUUGAGAGGAUUUGCUGAUUUUUCUUCGUUGAGGAAGCUCCUACCGCAUGACUGUCCUCAAAGCCUGAGUGUCCUCAUGUCUCCCACACCUGAAGUGGCCCUCAGACAAGCCUCCCUUUUUUUCUUCGAGCAUGAAAUGAUUCCCGACCCACAGAUGCUGCUCACCGUGUGCCUGUUGAAACCACGAGCUUGGAAUCACAGUCUCACUAAAAUAGUCAGCAAACUUCAGCAGAGUGGCCUCACGUUGGUGGGCAUACGGGUAGUGACCCAUGACAAAAGUGGUGCUACUUCACUGCUGCGUGCAGAAAGUGGGCACAACCUGUGCUCUGGCCCCUCGCUGGCUCUCUGCCUUCAGGGAGAAAAUGCUGUGAAGAGGCUGCUGGACAUGCUGAGCCAAGAGGACUCUUCAAUGUGGAUGACCUGUCAUGUAACCAACGUUACAGGAUCAGGAUCGUAUCAGCAGGCAAUUAUGGAUGUGAGGAGGUUUUUUCCUGAGGGGCUCUGCUGUACUGAGACCAACACAAUGAGACAGGAGCAGAUACUCAGCUUAUGUUCAGACCCAUUAGCCUCCGUAGAGCGUCAGCGGAGCUGCACACUGACUCAAGCGGCUCGGGAAAGUCUUUCAGUCUCCUCUGAAUCACGACCAAAUGGAGGGUCCCUGAAGCACAGGCAAACAACCUGUCUGCUGAUACCCUUGAACGCUACACCAGGCAGCCAAGUGCCUUCCCAACUGGAGAUAGUGGAGCAGGUGCUGGGAUCAGACUGCCAUCUGGUGGCAGGAAGGAUGAGCAUCCUAGAUGAUGAGCAGCAAAAACAUAUAUCUGAGACACUUAAAGCGUCAAGCAUAAGGGAGAAGAUCAACUCAACUCCUUGUCUCAUCAUGGCUCUCCGAAGAGAAAAUAUCGCAACUGAGUUUGGCCUGAUUCUUAAAAGGAUUUACAAGGAAAGGCCAGACCUGGAGCAAGUAGGGAAAAGCAUCGUCUUCCCAGAAAAUGAAAAAGAGGCUAUGCUGCUGAUAUGCUACCUAUUUGAUACCUUGUCUUCUGAGAGCUGUGAUGUCACUGUGCCAUAAACAUUCAAAUGUGUGCACGUAUAAGCAUAUUUUCCAAAGGUUGCUCCAAAA